AUGACUCAGGAGGAAUGCACGGAGCAGCUCCCCCACUUUUUGUCGAUGGCGACACCGAAACAAAGAAGUAAUGCCAGCCUGGACAGAGGCCGCGGUUUUUCGUCUCAUAUGGUUAAAGGGGCCGACAAUGGGUGUAGUGACUCGUACAAUAAGGAGAUCACUAGAAAUGAAUCUUGUCUCUCUGAAAUUUGGCAAGCGAAAAAUAAAGGGCAGGAUUUACGAUGCCCCUCCCGUCUCCCUGAUGGGGAGUGUGAAGGUGCCACGGAUCCCGAAAUAAUAUCAUUGGUUAGUUUCGCUAGUCGAAAGACAGCCGGAUCCAGGUCAUGCCGUGGUGGGGCGCUAUGUGGAGUUUGUCCCAUACAGGUACUUCCAAAUGCAACAAAUGCGUCCUGCACUUCUUCACUCAAUAGCAGUUGUAGCCUUGCACGGCAGCGGUCGGCACGCAUUACGGGUGAACUUCGAGUGGAUAAGAGAGAUGACGGCGGGAAGUUUAUAAACAAUUACCAGGUGCUCAAAGAAAUCGGAAGGGGAUCGUUCGGUAAGGUGAAGUUGGGGUACAACACCCAGACCGAUACGCUUGUGGCUAUUAAGCAAGUGUGUCGACCCGUGGCAAAGACGCGGUUCGGCCUGCAAACGGCAGCGCAGGAGAGAUUUAGUGCCUUGCAGCGGGAAAUUGCGCUCAUGAAGAAGCUGAAGCACAAACAUAUCGUUCCACUGUACGAGGUUAUUGACGAUCCCAGUGCUAGAAAAAUUUACCUUGUAAUGAAAUACAUCGACGGUGGACCUAUCGGCCGCAUUAGGUGUAGUCCCACUGGCGAUCCCGAGGAGGAGGUCUGCACACCUAUUCCUCCUGGACAACUCGCGAAGUACGCUCGGCAGAUUUUUUCUGGAUUAGACUAUCUGCACAAAAACAAAAUAGCGCAUCGAGAUAUCAAACCGGAAAAUAUACUCGUUAGUAAAGAAGGAAGAGCGUAUUUGGCGGACUUUGGCGUGGCUGAGGUUUUUGACGUAAGCGCACGGGAGAGGGUAGAACAAAUAAUGCAAGAAAGCUUAGCAGCCAGUAGAGCCAACGCCUCAUGUGGACCAGGGAUGCCUAUACAGGGCACAAAGGGGACAAUAUUGUUUAUUGCCCCUGAGAUCUGGAAAGGCGAUAGGUCGUAUGCAAAACCAGUUGAUGUAUGGGCAAUGGGUGUCACAUUGUACAUUCUUCUUACCGGAAGACUUCCCUUCUCUAAUAUAGACGAUAUUAUGGACUCCAACCUUCCUGUGAUACCAACUGAGUAUGGGGAAGACUGGGAAAAUUUGCUUCGUAGGAUGCUUGAUCGCGACCCCAAGAACCGCAUAACCGCAUGCCAUGCUGUCGAAGCAUUUAAGGCAAUGAUCCACAAAAAUAAGAGUUCUGGUGACGCGUGUGACGACACCUUGGUUUGCGUUACGGAGAAGGAUAUAGAGGAAGCCUUGACAUUAACCGAACCCGAAAAAGAUGCUGAAGAUGUUUCGUGGUUGUUAAGGGAACGCAGCGGCGAUAAUUCGGUUGCAAUUUCGCUUCCCAUGAGUCCUAGGUGGAUUGACAAUCCCUUCGACGCCUCGCUAAAACUCAAUGCAACCACAAAAAGUGGUGAUGUCGAACCCCUCUCAGGUUCGAAUUGGGGAGGUACCGUUAUGAAACCAGUAAGACGGCUGAGCCGGCGUUCGACGCGUGUUGUUUCUCCCGGUGGAAGCCCUUUGGAAUGUCAUGACAUGCCUUUUUGUGAAAAAGUUGAAUUACCUCCCAUCGAACCACGGGGAAAUCAAACAAAUGUCUCGCCGUCGGUGGCGACCACCCCAAGGGAUGUGCACAACAGGGAGUUUGACGGUGGCAGUGGUACGUUGCCAAAUCAGGAGGUUCUCACGAGCAACUGUGCUAUAAAGAGGAAUUCCGCCCCACAAUUAGGAGUGCACUCCUUAUCAAAGCAAAGAUGUGCGAAAGGUAAAAAAGAGGAAGCGGGUUGUUUGCCGGGAUUAUGUGGCUCAUUAUUCCCUCGUACUCCAGAGAAACGGGAUGGAGAGACGCCUUGUAAAGGAGACGAGGAGUGA